AAGGGAAAAGGCAAAGGCCGCACCAAAACCGCCGCAAUCGGACGCCAUAUUGGAAGAUCGUGUAGCUCUUGUUGAAGCAGCGGCCAACCGAGGGUGUGAAAUCCGUGUUGUUCGCGAAAAGUUUGCAAAUUGUGCCGGCCAAUCGGUCCCGAUUCCGACCGGAUCCAGUGUUGAAAGUGAGCAAGUGUUUUGGUGCAUCCGGUGGACGCAAAAUUAGGCCGGAAACCAUGGCUUCGGACGAGGAAAUUGACGAAUCCAUUGCCGAGGAGGAGACCGGUGUGGAUGAGACGGGUGACACCUCUCUGGCUGCGGAAGACAACUCCGAAGAUGAGACGCUGAAAAGCUUAGCCCAGGCUCAGGAUGAUGAUGACGACUACGAGCCUGAGGACAAUCGUAGUAAAAAGAGCAAGAAGGGCAAAAAGCGGAAGGCCCGCGGCGAGGAAAAGCGAGGACGUAAGAAGAAGAAGCGAAAGAAGAAUGACAGUGGGGAGGAGAGUGACGUUCGGCAGAGCGACGAUGGAGGUGCUGCCGCGGCAGAUUCCGACUACGAAAGACCGAAACGUAGCUCUCGUGAGAAAAAGAAAGGAAAGGAGGAUAAAAAAGAGGAGAAGAAAGGCGGAGCCGAUUACAACAUGCCGUCGAUUGAGGAAGUUUGCAGUACGUUUGAUUUGACUGAUGUUAAGAUCGAAUACACUGAUGAGGACUACGAUAACUUGGUCACUUACAAGAACUUCCAUCAGCACGUUCGGCCUAUAUUACAGAAAGAGAACCCUAAAGUUCCCAUGUCCAAGCUCAUGAUGUUGGUAGCGGCCAAGUGGCGAGAGUUCACCGAGGAGAAUCCCAAUCUUCAGAACGAAGAAGCCGAAGAACGGGAGGAGGAUGAACCGCCGCCAUCGCCGGAGUAUGUUCCCAAAUCGAGUCGCUCUAGGACUAAGGUCGAAAAGAGAGAUGAUGAUAUGAUCUACGACGACGAUGAUGAUGAUGAAGAAGAACUGGAGCGGGAGCGCACCAAGAAGAAGAAGAAAGGUUCAUCGAGUGCUAAAAAGGGCAAGAAACCGAAGGUACCGACACUGAAGAUCAAGUUUGGCGGACGAAAGAAGAACGUCAGCUCCGAUGAAGAUCAGGAUGCCAGCAACGGAUCGGAACGGGACUCAGACGCUGAGUUUGAGAAAAUGUUGCAACAGUCUGAGGACAAAGCCGAAAAGGAGAAGGAGAAGGCAGAAGCCGACGCAGCUGCUCAGGCUGAGGGCGGCGAACCGCCGAUUCGCAAAAAGGCGAAGACCAAAAUUGGUAAUAAAUCGAAGAGAAAGGGACGUUCCAAGAAAAGUCGCCCGGAAGGUGAAGAUGGCGAAUUCGAACACCAAGAUUAUUGUGAAGUCUGUCAACAAGGAGGUGAGAUCAUCCUGUGUGACACCUGCCCAAAAGCUUACCAUUUGGUGUGCUUGGAUCCGGAACUGGAGGACACUCCCGAAGGCAAAUGGUCCUGUCCGACUUGCGAAACCGAAGGACCUGCCGACGAGGAUGACGACGAACAUCAGGAGUUCUGUCGAAUCUGUAAGGACGGCGGAGAAAUGCUCUGCUGUGACAGUUGUCCAUCGGCGUAUCACACAUGGUGUCUGACGCCACCGCUAGAUGACAUUCCCGACGGCGAUUGGCGUUGUCCGAGGUGCAGUUGUCCACCCAUCCCAUACAAGGUUGCAAAGAUACUCACUUGGAGAUGGACCGACAAACCAGUUGACCCCAACGAGCCGUCGACUUCGAAGGCAACUCCUACGCGCCGUAGAGAGUACUUCGUAAAGUUCGCUGACAUGUCAUACUGGCAUUGUGAUUGGAUCACAGAACUGCAAUUGGACGUGUAUCACCCGCUAAUGUACCGUUUCUACAUUCGUAAAUAUGACAUGGAGGAGCCACCUAAACUAGAAGAAAUGCUUGACGAAGAGGAUGGUCGUUACAAGCGUUUGCUCAAGAUGCGUGAAGGUGACCAAGACGAAACAGAACUCGAGGAGAAGUACUACAAGUAUGGUGUUAAGCCGGAAUGGCUGAUGGUCCACCGGGUCAUCAAUCACCGAACAAUGCGAGACGGUCGAACACUGUACUUCGUCAAAUGGCGUGAUCUGGCCUACGAUCAAUGUACUUGGGAAGAAGACGAUGACGAAAUUCCUGGUCUUAAGAACGCGGUCGAAUACUAUCUCGAUCUUCGAGCUAACUGCAAUAAUGAAAUGGGAAACAGCAGCAGUAGUAAGAAGAGCAAAAAGAAGAACCGCAAGUCCAGAGCUAAGGAAGUUGAAGACGACGAUCGGAUUUCCAAACGUUACACGCCGCCUCCAGACAAACCAACAACGGAUCUGAAACGUAAAUUCGAAGUGCAGCCUUCAUACUUAGACGAUACCGGAAUGAGACUGCAUCCCUAUCAGCUGGAAGGUAUAAAUUGGUUGCGUUACUCUUGGGCCAACGAUACUGACACCAUUCUGGCGGACGAAAUGGGUCUUGGAAAAACCAUCCAAACGGCAACGUUCCUUUAUUCCUUGUAUAAGGAGGGUCAUUGUCGUGGACCUUUCCUGGUGGCGGUUCCGCUCUCAACUAUCAUUAACUGGGAGCGUGAGUUUGAAACGUGGGCUCCGGACCUAUACUGCAUUACCUACGUCGGAGAUAAGGAUUCCCGUGCGAUAAUCCGCGAGCAUGAACUGUCGUUCGAAGAGGGUGCAGUUCGCGGUGGGCGAGCCUCCAAAAUUCGGGCCAGCACGCUCAAGUUCAAUGUUUUGCUGACGAGUUACGAAAUGGUAUCGUUCGACUCUGCCUGUUUAGGAUCGAUCGAGUGGGCUGCCUUGGUAGUAGAUGAAGCUCAUCGACUGAAGUCGAAUCAAAGCAAGUUUUUCAAGACGUUGUCCAACUACAGCAUCAACUAUAAAUUACUGUUGACUGGUACGCCGUUGCAGAACAAUCUGGAGGAGCUGUUCCACUUGUUGAACUUUUUGAACAAGAACAAGUUCAACGACUUGACUACGUUCCAGGCUGAGUUUGCCGACAUCAACAAGGAAGAUCAGGUGAAAAAACUGCACGAGAUGUUGGGACCGCACAUGUUGCGUCGUCUCAAGGCCGAUGUGUUGAAAAACAUGCCCACCAAAUCCGAGUUUAUCGUCCGUGUCGAGUUGUCGCAAAUGCAAAAGAAGUACUACAAAUACAUCCUGACCCGCAACUUUGAAGCUCUGAACCCAAGGGGUGGUGGCGGAGCCUGUUCUCUGAUCAACAUUAUGAUGGACCUGAAGAAAUGCUGCAACCAUCCGUAUCUGUUCCAAGCGGCUGUCGAGGAGGCUCCGUUAGGCCCAGGCGGUAGCUACGAAAUCCAAGCUCUAACAAAAGCGGCCGGUAAGUUGGUCCUGUUGGAGAAAAUGUUGAAACAACUGAAAGAGCAGGGCCAUCGUGUGCUUAUCUUCUCUCAAAUGACGAAGAUGUUGGACAUUUUGGAGGAUUUCCUGGAAGGGUUCGGCUACAAGUACGAGCGCAUCGAUGGCGGUAUUACGGGAACACUCCGACAGGAAGCCAUCGAUAGAUUCAACGCUCCAGGAGCGCAGCAAUUCUGCUUCCUUUUGUCAACCAAGGCCGGUGGUUUGGGUAUCAAUUUGGCCACUGCGGACACCGUCAUCAUCUACGAUUCGGAUUGGAAUCCUCACAACGAUAUUCAGGCGUUCUCGCGUGCUCAUCGAAUUGGUCAGGCCAAUAAAGUUAUGAUCUAUCGGUUCGUAACGAGGAAUUCCGUGGAGGAGCGGGUGACGCAGGUGGCCAAGCGAAAAAUGAUGUUGACUCAUUUGGUGGUACGACCGGGAAUGGGUGGCAAAGGAGCCAACUUUACCAAACAAGAACUGGACGAUAUUCUUCGAUUUGGCACGGAGGAACUUUUCAAAGAGGACGGUAAAGACGAGGAGGCCAUCCACUACGAUGAAAAGGCCGUCGCCGAGUUGCUCGAUCGUUCCAACAAAGGUGUGGAAGAGAAGGAAAACUGGGCCAACGAGUAUUUAUCAUCGUUCAAGGUGGCAUCCUACUCGACGAAGGAAGAUGUCGAGGAGGAAGUCGACACAGAAAUCAUCAAACAGGAUGCGGAAAAUUCAGAUCCAGCUUAUUGGGUCAAAUUACUGCGACAUCACUACGAACAACAUCAAGAAGAUCUGUCGCGCACACUCGGCAAGGGCAAACGUGUUCGCAAGCAGGUCAACUACACGGAUGGCGGAGUGGUGCAGGCCGACCCGGUCAAGGAGGAUACCACCUGGCAAGAAAAUGUAUCCGACUACAAUUCCGAUUAUUCUGGCAAUUCGGAUGAUCAGGGCGACGAGGACGAUGAAGAUGGAGAUCUGAAUCGUCGCAGUAAGCGGAGAAUCGAACGGGGUCAAGCCGAAAGGGACAAUCGCCCGCUUCCCCCACUAUUGGCUCGGGUUGGCGGCAACAUUGAAGUCCUUGGCUUCAACGCUCGCCAGCGAAAGAGUUUCCUGAAUGCGAUCAUGCGGUACGGAAUGCCUCCACAAGACGCAUUCAACUCUCAGUGGCUGGUUCGGGACUUGCGUGGAAAAUCAGAACGAAACUUCAAAGCCUACGUUUCAUUAUUUAUGCGACAUCUUUGUGAACCUGGAGCCGAUAAUGCGGAAACCUUUGCCGAUGGUGUACCGAGAGAGGGCCUUAGCCGGCAACAUGUCCUGACCAGAAUCGGUGUCAUGUCGUUGAUUCGCAAGAAGGUUCAAGAGUUUGAACACAUCAAUGGCUAUUACAGCAUGCCGGAGUUGAUCAAGAGGCCAUGCGAGCCGGUGAAAAAUGCGGCUGGAGAAGCUAGCGAAACUCCAAAGUCGGCCACGACCAGUACGAGUGCUACUCCGGCCACCAGCGCAGCCCCUAGUCCUGCUCCGACACCGGUUGAUAAGGAGGAUGAUACCAGCACUUCUGCCGAGGACAAGACUAAGAAAGAAGCAUCCGACGAGAAAAAAGACGAUGUGAAGAAAGAAGAAUCGGAUGAGAAAUCCGAAUCGGAGAAACCGGAGGAUAAGACUGACGAAAAGUCAGAAUCUGGAGAGACGAAAGCCGAUCAGGACACGAAAAAAGAAGACGAAACAGCAACAGAUAAGAAACAAGAAGACGCUGAAGUUAAAUCGGAAGAAUCCAAAGAACAAGCCAAGUCCGAUAAACCCAAGGAAGAAGAAACCAAGAGCGCAACUCCCGCUCCUGUGGACGCCAAGAAGGAAGAUACCGAGGACGAUGAUGUCAAGAUCACGUCGGACAAGAAGGAAGAGGAUAAACCGAUCGCGAUUGACGAUGAUGAUGACGAUGUGGUGAUUGUCAAAGAUGAUGACGAGGAGGUCAAGAAGCCGGCCGCAAAGCCAGAACCAAUCGAAGUGCAUAAGCGACAGUUUAUGUUCAACAUUGCUGACGGAGGAUUUACCGAAUUGCACACUCUUUGGAUCAAUGAAGAAAAAGCGGCCGUUCCCGGACGGGAGUAUGAAAUCUGGCACCGUCGACACGAUUACUGGCUGCUAGCCGGUAUCGUCACUCAUGGUUAUGGUCGCUGGCAGGACAUCCAGAACGACAUCCGGUUCGCGAUCAUCAACGAACCAUUCAAGAUGGACGUUGGCAAGGGCAACUUCCUGGAAAUUAAAAACAAAUUCCUUGCCCGACGCUUCAAGCUACUGGAACAGUCCCUCGUCAUCGAGGAGCAACUGCGGCGAGCUGCCGUGUUGAAUCUUUCUCAGGAUGCUAGCCAUCCGGCUAUGGCACUGAAUGCUCGCUUCGCCGAAGUCGAAUGCCUUGCUGAGUCCCAUCAGCAUCUGAGCAAAGAAUCUCUGGCUGGAAACAAACCGGCCAAUGCCGUCCUACAUAAGGUGCUAAACCAACUGGAGGAACUGCUUUCCGACAUGAAGAGCGAUGUUUCACGUCUACCGGCCACCCUGGCCCGCAUUCCACCCGUUGCUCAACGGCUGCAGAUGUCCGAACGGUCGAUUCUUUCUCGCCUGGCGGCCACCGGAAACACCGUUCAGCCAAAUCCACCCCUGACACAGUUCCCGGCUGGUUUCCAAGGAACUAGUUUGCCAGGAUUUGCGGCGGCAGCUGCCGCGGCUGCUAACUUUGCCAACUUCCGACCGACGUUCUCAGUUCCGGGUCAACCUGCUCCAAGCUACCCCAGCAGUUCGGGAUCGUCCAAGUAAUUCGGUAGCAAAGGGUAGGGAAAACACAUUAACUUUUUAUCUUACGAUUUUAGUUAUACAGCUACUGAUAUGUAUGUGUAUUACGUAAGUUUAGUAAUUUUAACUCCAUCGCGUUCCAUUGGAAAACCUUCAUAUUUUUCUAAUUUGUGUUUAACUUUUUUUGCUCUGUCCGUAAAAGUUUGAAUCAACAAUUGAACAUAUUUGUUUCUGUAAAGAAUGUUUAUUUAUAUCUGAACACGCGCAACAGAAGUUGCCACUAUUAUGAAGCUAAUAAAAUAAGCGAAGAGUAAACAACAAUUUGUGGGAACAUAUUUUGUUUCAUCGUAAGAUAACUAAUUUGAGUGAUACAAUUUUACAAGCAAAAUCAAAUUCAACGUAAUUGACGAUUCAGAUUCAAAAAUAACUGGAUACCAGAUAAUGAAAAAAAAAUGAAUAAACACAUCUUCAGAUGACAUAAAA